AUGUAUAUCGAAGACGAUUACUUGGAUAAUUCACCACCCCUACCAGUAUCAUUGCUCGACUUAUUAUCAAACUCACUUGUUCUCGACCACAUUGUUCCAUAUUUGCCACUGUCUAGCAUCUUUGCUCUUGUCAGGUCUUCCCGCGUCUUCCGCGACCUAUUGUUGAAGACUCCCUCAGUAUUCCGCUCUGUCGACCUAUCCAAAUGCAGUGGAGCCUAUGUUCCCCCAGAUCUACUGACUGGGAUCGACUCCGGUGGUCAUUCGUGGCGUGCCGAACGUAUUGACGAAAACCUGACGGAAGAUGAGUUCUAUGCGGGUCCACUCCGAGGGGUCUUUUGGAAUCUGCGUCGAAUGCAUGUUCUGCAGAGUGUUCAGAUUCUCAUUCUCGACAACUUGGCUUCGGUGACGAGCGACUUGAUCAGUGACAUCGUCUUCACCCCAGAAUACAACAUUCGAAUUCUCAGCAUUCGACGAUGUGGGAACGUCAAUCAAGCCAAAUUGCAACAGCUUCUUCGCCAUUUGUGUCGACCCAGCCGUCCUGAAGGUACUCCACGACUGCAAGGACUGUACUACUUUUCGCAGCCUGCCUCCACGGGCAAUCAUUUGCUCAAUGAUACAACGGCUUCUUCAGGAGUCACAUUCUUAGAUGGUGCACAACUCGGAACCAUUCCCUGCGCGAAACCCCUUUCGAACUCUGCGAUCACAGAUCCGUGGUAUUCUCCGACAGGCAAAGUCAUAGAUAAAGGUUUCGGAAAACGGUCUAGCUGGGAAGAAACCUUGCAGGCAUGCUAUGGAGUUAUCAGCUUUGAUGCCGUUCUAUGUACCCAUAUGCAUACUGACAUGGCGCCUGUGCUUCAUGCUGCAUCACAGGACUAUCUUCAGGAGCACAAGGCCGGAAUUGCUCCCAUGGCCACGAUAUCCUUAGGUCCUGAUGGAUGUGCUGGUUGUGGUCGCCACCCGCAGGGUGCACCGGUCUGGGGUGAAAGUGAUAUCUCCGAAUUCCCACUUCUCUGGCCACCUCCAACCAAUGCCAAACUCAUUGAUGCCGUGCGACCGCCACCUCGAUUUUCAGAAAAUGGCAAGCAACUCAAACAACGACUGAUCGUCGCUUGCUCCUGGUGUCUUACUAAUCGUCAUUGUGAAAGUUGUCACCGCUGGUGGUGCGCCGAUUGUUACAAUCCGAAAAAAUCCAAGAAAUGGAGCGACAUGGAGAGAUUAAGCACUCUAGGAUUAUCGUAUCUUCCGUCCUUGGAUGAACUCAGGAAUGGAGCUGGUAACGAUGAUUACGAAGAACAUAUCAAGGUAUUUAAUGGUCUCUGCGUUCAAAAUUGCCUCGUUGCCGAAUACAUGGCCGGAGCCGGCGAAGGCGGUAUGUGGGGAUGA